CUCACUCAGUCGCUGCGAUGUUCAGUCUCUAUUGAGAACGUGAUCGUGUACGGAUCGUUAAGAACGUUGUGCGGCAUCUGACGAACCAGUGGCUUUAGUUUUUUUAUUUUGCCUAGUUACAUACAAAGAUUCAUAAAUAUAUAUGUACAUACUUGUACAGCCAUACGUGGAAAUUUCAAAGAAUUUGUAAAAAAAAACAGUUUAUUCUGUUGGAAACCAGUUUCUCAACAACAAAAGUGAAGAUGGCCAAAUACACUACAGACAAAGCGUUAUUCAAUGUCAGCCUGCGUAAUGCCUGCUUGGGAAUAGCGAUAUUCUUUUUGAUCACACUGGUGCUGGGCGUUAUUGUUCGACCGAGUUACCUACAUGCCAGUUCUUCGCUAGUUGGUUUUAUUGUUGAGCUGAUUGCCAACUUGGCUUUGCUAUUCGGUGUCCUGUGGAGCAAUGCCUGGCUGGUUUUGGUUUGGCUUGUGGCCGCCGUGAUGUUUUUCAUUCAUUGGCCCUUCGCUGUCUUGGGUGUUAUAUUCAAUUAUGGCGGUUAUCGUUACACCGCGUUCUUCGACAAUGUUUUCCUCAUACUCUUAGAAUAUAUUUUAGUUUUGGUGGUUUUCGGCUACUGCACAUACCUGGUCUAUUCCUAUUUCCAUCAAUUGCGAAACACUCAGUCUGCUACACCACAUGGCGUUGUAGUUUAAUUAUGUACUUACUAUAAGCGAAUAUACACAUCUAUACAAUAUGAGUACAAAUAUAAAAACAAAAACCAAAAUAUGUGUGUACAUCGUAACGUUGGCACCCACCCCAAUGAAGUAAGAAACAUUUUGUACGCUGAUUGUAACGCUCUCGAAGGUGGUUACAAAAUUAAGUUGCAUUUUUAACAUUUAUUUUUUUUGUAUUACUACAUUUGCAUUUGCAUACUAUAAAACACACUUACCUACAUACAUUUGUUUGUACCCAAUGUACGUAGCUAUGUAUGGAUGCCAUUAAGAGUUUAUUUAAUUUGAAUAAAAAAUAAAUAAAUA